GUCUCGCGCAAGGUUGGUUGCCCGAUCAAUGCGGAAGUGUGUUUGCGCAGCCGGUCGUGUGCGUGAUGUCCUUGCGUGCUUAAAUUUGGACUAACCUCGACUGAAAACUUAGAAUUGUUCUCGUGGAGGUCACUGUUUUAUAAUAACCUGGUUUGACUCAAAGAGACAAUCCGUUAUGCCUUUGCAUAAAUAUCCAUCCAAAAUCUGGGACGUCCUGAAACUGAAGCAGGGAAUCUACGCUCGCCUCCCCAAACACUACCUCAAAUCCCUCGAACAGAAAGAGCCAACGCCCGUCCACUGGAAGCCUUUGGGAGUCCAGUAUCGUGCCAACCCCAAAACGGGGCAGAGGGAACGGGUCCAGGAUGUCCCGAUACCCAUCUUCUACCCUCCACCGGCGCAGGACGGCCUGUGGGGAGGAGAAGGCUGGAUCUCCGGCUUCAGAUACGCCAAUAACGACAAAAUGUCGAAUCGACUGAGGAAGACCUGGAAACCACAGCUGUUCAAGAGAGAGUUGUACAGCGAGAUCCUCGAUCACAAGUUCACCAUCACAGUCACAGCACGCACCCUGAACCUCAUCGACGCGGCCUUCGGAUUCGACUUCUACAUCCUCCAGACGCCAAAGGAAGACCUGAACUCCAAGUUGGGGAUGGACCUGAAGAGGGCCAUGUUGAUCCGCCUGGCACGCAGAAACACGGAGCUUUACCCGUCCGAGCCCGAGAAACGAGAGAAGGUCUACAACAAAUACAAGCACUUGGAGAUCCCGGAGGAGGAGGCGGAGUGGGUGGGUUUGAGUCUGGAGGAGGCCGUGGAGAAGCAGAGGCAGCUGGAGCACAAGGAGCCGCAGCCUCUGUUCGAGGCCUGUGUGGAGGAGCUGUUGGAGGGGCUGCAGGUCCAGAAGCUCUCUGAGCCACACCUCGUAGAGAACAAGUGACCAAGCGAACGGGACUGAAAUAUUAAGUAGGUUGAGCUUUCAAUCUUCUCCAGAUGGUUGUGGGCGUCACACAGCUCGUGAAACCUUUUCACCCGACAGAACUUCAGCUUGCGUCUCCACCUGGAGGUGGAAAAUACACGAACGUGGAAAAGACCUAAAUGAUGAGGUCAUGUUGGCCCAACGCUUAUUUAUUUCCACUACACAAGACAUUUUAGGAAUUAAGAGAAAAGGCCUCCGUUUGAAGUUUGAAUACUUCUUGACCAACUGUGAUAUCAGGCGUUUGUACAGGAUAUCCAAAAAAUAAAAGAUUACGGUUUUCUUCUUAAACCUUGUUUCUGUGUAUCCGUCUCCAAUAAUUAUUCAACUAGUUCAUUAAUUGUUUUGUUCACUGCAUGCAUUAAGGAGAGAUGACUCUUAUUUUAUAACUUAUAAUGUUCAAUGUUUUGGGUCAUAUGCUUAUUUUGCUUGAUUGAAUAAUCCAUAACGUCAUUGGACAAGAUUGUAGAAGUAAUAAUACGACUUUGAUGAUCUGGAGAUUAGAUAUGAGUGUUAUUGAUCCUCUUAAUAGUGAUGGAGAACUAACUCUCUUACAAUGUUGAGGUUCUUGCAUUUUUCAUCUAUGGUAUUUUUAUAGUUCUUUACAGAUGAAAUAAGUAAAUGUACAUGCAACCUAUGCAGACCAAACUACCCACAGGUGUUUAAACUGGUUUAAAUGACCACACAUUAAGACUAUAAUACUGUUUACGAAGCAAUAGUAAGCAAAUGGUAUAAUAUUCCUCUUAAUGUAAGUGAAUGGAACCAUUGUACUGUAUAAUGAACACGUACGGACACCAGUGUCAACAAUAUAUAUAACCUAUCUACCUAAUAUAAGGUUUCUUAAGGACAAGCUGACUUUUAUUUUUAAACUUUUAAUUAUGUACUUUAAAUCCAGGACCACCGAUGACUGUGUUCACCCAGUGGAUGGAGCCAAAAAGCUGUAAAUGAAUAAAAUCUCCAUUUUAAUAGUGA